AAGGAUUGAUGGGUCAUAUUGCAUUUUUUGUCCAAGAAAUUCCGCACCCCAACCUUCAGAUCCAAAUUCCAGAAAACACACAUCCUCCCCCCACUUCCUCCCUCCCUCUCUCUCUCUCUCUCUCUCUCUCUCUCUCUCCGUGUCUGUCUCCCCCUCCCUCUCUAAGCUCCUGUCUGUCUCAAACUCCUUAUCUCCACCCCCAAGAAGGGGUGUCUUCUCUGCAACACCUCACAGACCAGAAGCUGCAUCAAUGGCAGGGCAAGGAACAGCUCCUGAACUUGUCUUCCUCUUCCCAGCAGAAGAGCAAUCACACCUCCAUCAUCGUCAUUAAACCUCCCAAGACAGAACCACAGUUUCAUGGACAACUCUGUCCAUAACAGAGCAGAAGCACAGCAGCCAAGAGCAGAGCACCAUGGGAAGAACAACAACAACAACAAGAAGAAGAAGCUCAACAACAACAACAAUAUUGAAUCCUCACCAGCAUCAGCAGCAGCAGCAGCAGCAGCCUCUCCCCCUUCAGCUUCCUCCUCUCCUUCCCAUGAGUUCUCCUUCACAAUCUCGCUCCACUCCUCCAACCCGAACAACGGCUUCCUGCCCGGCCCGGCCGAUGUUCCCGACCGGAGCACUACCACGAAGACCCCGAACAACUCCUUCGCCAUCGACCUGUCCCCCGCGGACGACAUCUUCUUCCACGGCCACCUCCUCCCCCUCCAUCUCCUCUCCCACCUCCCGCCCUCUGCCGCCUCCCCUCGGUCCUCCACCAAUUCGCUCGACAGCUUCACCCUCCCCAUCAAGGACCUGAUCCUCGACGACCAGAAGAACAAUAAUCCGAACGUCCCCGAACAAGAUUUAAACCGCCCAAGACCGAGGCCGAGACCGACCACCUGCUCGAAGAGCGACUCGAAGAUUGCUCACAAGUCCAAGUCUUUCUCCCUCUUCGGGAUGCCUAGGUGGAGGAAAGUUGUGACCGAGGUCCAAGCACGGAACGACGCGAGCACGAACCCGAACCCGAACACGAACAAUGGCAAGACUAGGAAGAAAAAGAGCAAGAAGAACUUGCUUCUCGAUGAUGCGAGUCAGCUGCUGAAGCGGUACAUCAGAAUGGUCAGGCCGCUGCUGUUCCUCAAGAGGAAAAACCGAGACGUCGAUAGGGACGACGACAUCGACCUCGAGCUCGAGUUCAACCAGCAACAACAUAGUUCCUUCUCGGGGAACCUAAGCGCGAGGAGGACGAACAAGAACGAGUUCCACGUCAGGACCGGCGGCAGAGGGACCUCGGAGCUCUUCUCCUCCGCACCUGCCUCGAUGAGGACUUCUCCGACGAACAGCGGGCUGCUGGUCCCGUCUCCGACAGCCAGCAUUCGGUCCAACGACAGCAGCACGAUGGAGGAAUUGCAGGCUGCGAUUCAGGCAGCAAUCGCCCACUGCAAGAACUCCAUUGCUGCAGCAGAAGGGAAAGCAGUCAAAGCUUGACCAAUCGACUUGUCGAACUCGUUGAUUUCAUUUUCCGGGUUUGCAGGUUAUAUAUUACGCAUACAUCGAGAAAAAAUUUGUUACCUUUGGAUGGGUUCAGUUUUUUAACAGAACAGAUAUGUUCGCUGGCAUUAUUAUUAUUAUUUGUUUAUCUGUGUAUACCAUGUAUAUCUCAAGAAAGGUUGUAUAUCCUAAUUGAUUAUGAUAUUUCCAUCGGGUUUAUAGGAUU